AUGGAUUAUUAAGAAUUGUACGAUUUGAGAAAAAAACUUUUAGAUUGGAAAAAGUUUCCUACCGAAACUCUUUGUAUUUUGAAAUCAUUAGAAUAAUCUCCACUUGAAUGGGAAAAUGUUAAUAAAUCUAAAAUAUAAAAAACACUGCAUACUCUUACAAUAAUAGAUGAUAAAAAUGAUCCUUUAGCAACAACGAUCAAAGCCAAAGCUUCAGCAUUAUAAGAUCGUUUUAAAAGACUUUCUUAAGCUAAGGCUAUUUAAAGAUCUUCAAAAGAAUAAUAAUAAUAGGCAAUUGAAGAAAUUAAGAUCUAAAAGUAAAAUAGUGUAUAGAGCACUUAGAGUAGUAGAUCAUUGCCUGAUAUUGAUCUUUUUGCUAAUUAUCGAGUACCAUCUCCAGCUUAUGCAGAUAGGCUCAAAUAUUUAAAUGGAAUAAGUAAAAUGUUUAUUGCAAACAUUUUGAACUUCAAGAAAGAGAAUGAUUUAAAUGAAUCUGAUUAUUAGAUUAUCAAAGAAUGUGUAGAAAUAAUGGAAAAAACUAUAUAUUAUAAAAGAGGAUAAGAACAUAGUUCUAGAAAAGCAUAUGAAUAAGAUUUGAGAAUUUUAGCGGGUUUUUUAAAGAAAGAUAAAAAUGGUUCUCUUACUUAUAGAAUUUUUACAAAAGCUUUUGAUCCUAUUUCUGCAGCAUAAUUAAGGUAUAAAUAAAAUAAAAAAUAUAGAGCAGCUGAUUGGGUUGAUGAUGAAACAAAAUAAGAAUAAGCAAGAAUUAUUAAGGAGAAAAUGGAAGCAGAAUAAAUUGGUUUUUAUAAGGAUUUAAGUAAAAGAGAAAUGGAAGGAAUAGAAGGAAAGACUUGUAAAGGAUGUGGUCAAAAAAAAGUAUAUCUUGUAGAUGAAAAAUAAACACGUGCAUCAGAUGAACCAACAACUAAAUUUUUUGAAUGUUACAAUUGUGGAGAUAAAUUUAGAAUAUGUUGA